CUCAAAAUGGUUGCUCUGAGUAUAUAUCGAUAAUUUCGAACAUUCCUCUCAACAACCCUAGGUUAGGCAUUCUGUUGCCCCUUAAUUAGUAAUUCCAUACAUAUUUCUCCUCGAGGCAGCACGCAAGAUCCCAAACAACCAUGAUUGCCUCUCAGACUUCCCUCUGGGCAGCCGUCCUAACGAUAUUAUCGUCCCUAACCCCUCAAGCAGCAGCCGCCGCCGCCGCAGCCCCCAACUGCCACUGCUACCUCACCAACGGCUCGUCCCCCAAGUACUUCGCCAACCAAAAGUUCUUCGACUUCCGCAACAUAGCGAACCCGCGAGUCCCGCCGCCCAUCAACAACCGGGACGGCUCUACCAACGCCCCGGUCACCAACGCCUACUUCAACAGCACCAACUUCACCAACACGUGGUCGAUACAGAACUGGAUCGACUCGGGCACCAUCUAUAACACCUACUCCAAGAACGACGUCUACAUCGAGAGCAACACAGACGCCAACCCAGCCUCCCGCACCUACCUCACCCUGCGCACGUACCGCCACCCGGCCGGCAACUUCCAGUCCUCGGCCGAGAUCCAGUCCAUCUCGCCCAACUACAAGUACCUGUCGAUGCGCAUGUACUCGCGGACGCGCGGCGCCGCCGGCGGCGUCACAGCCAUGUUCACGUACCGGGACUCGGCCAACGAGGCCAACGUGCAGGAAGCCGACAUCGAGAUGCUGACCUCGGACGCGACCAACCAGGUGCACUACACGAACCAGCCGUCCACGGUCGACGGCGUCAUGCGGCCCAACGCCACGCACCAGGUCACGAUCCCCGGCGCGUGGACCUCGUGGCGCACGCACCGCUACGACUGGACCCCCGGCACCAGCACCUGGUACGUCGACGGCAAGCUCGUCAACACCAACCAGUUCCAAGCGCCCGUCGACCCCGCCACCAUCCUCUUCAACGCCUGGUCUGACGGCAGCGGCUGGAGCGGCUCCAUGGCUUCUGGGCAGAGCGCUCAGUUGCAAAUCCAGUGGAUCGAAAUCAUAUAUAAUAAUACUGCCGAGCCCUCGCGGUACUCCCAUUGCGCCAACGUGUGCAGCUUCGAUCGCGGCACGCUGCCGGGUGUGCCGUUGGUCAUCAGCUCUGGUCCGUAGAGCCGCCUGAUUGAAAUCCAUCACCUUCUCCUUCCUCUUCUCCUUGUUUUCUUCAGUUCGAACCUAGAGGCGCAUAUCAGCGAUUUAUAUUAGAUCAUGUAAGACAAUAACCGGGAAUUCGGAUAGUGUAAUUGUUAGAACCCAACCCCUUCUUGUAUAUAGUUUAGCAGCAGAUGUUUUUGAUUAAAACUGCGCCAAGUACAUAUUUCGAUGUUAAAAACACAUUUACAAUAAGCUUGAUAUAUACUGUUUGCGACUUAAAUAAACUAUAAUGUCAGCAUAUAAAAAUCCUCGAAAGGGGCUGUAGUGGUGAGAGGUUAACCUAGAAAACUUCGAAUAACAUUUUAAUAAUGCAACACUUGUCUGUCACUAGGAGAUAUAUGCCGCACGAUCACAUCUUUACCAAAAGAUCUCUCUAUGUGACCGAAAAUGCAUAUAUCACAGGGAUCACACAGUAUCUCGGCCAGUACGGAUAUGAAGUCAACAAGUCCAAUUGAUUGCUCACUGCUACAUAACAGUCUUCCCAAAACCAUCCGUCCGUGAUCCAUUCAUUCAUUCAUUCAUUCAUC